UUAAAAUCCCGCUUAAACAUUUCACCGCUUCGAUUGCAGACCUGAACGGGCAGAAAGUUCGGUGCACGCUGAACCGGAGAAACAAAAAUGCAUUUGAAAUCCACAAGAGAUUCCAAUCACUCGCAACCAACGAACACAACUACAAAUAAAUUAUGUCUGCUGACUUCAUGAUUUCUGCCUCUGGAGUAAAGAAAUAAUUCUGGAUUCACUGGAAAACCAGGAGGGUGGAGCCAUGUAUAUAUCCUGUGAAGUGCCGAAUGGGGAAGCUGCCGUGGAGCCGGAGACGGGAUAUGUGCCCAACAAUCCCUUGUUCGGGCUUCCGCUCGACAGUCCUCAGGACUGUCCGGAAUCCUGCGGUGGCUGCGUGUCGUGUCAAGGAGCCUCAUCGUUACCGAUUUCAACCCUGGGCGGCUCGGAUUUCGACUGCGGAAACUGUCUCGACCACAACGGUGUUCUCAGCUCAUCACAAAAUAACUCACAAACAAACCUCACCGGUAACUAUUGGAGUUCAGAAGAUAUGACUUCAAGCUUCCCUGGACUGCCACCGCUAGAAAUCGAUCCAUUGCCAAGUUUAUUCCCGUUCUCACCCUGCGGUGCUUCGUACAAUUUUUCAGCCCCACAAGCGUCACUCUCAUAUACAGUGCAUCCACAAAUGUUGGUCUCACCGAACCAUCAUCAUCAGUCACAAUCGCAGAACAGCUCAUCCUACAGUUCGCAGACAUACUAUGAUUCAGCUUGUGGUCAACAUGCUCCACCGCCUGCCGCUAUAUAUCCCAGUAUGAGUGUCAAUGUAAGUAUGAAUAUGACCAUGCAUGGUUAUGGAUCGGAUGCAUCAGUUCCUAUGCAAUGUUCGCAGAUGCAAUGGACACCACAGAACAGCGCCUCGACGGUGAAUGUCCUUUAUCCACCACUUUUGAGCCCCAGUCACUAUCCGGGCAGUGCUACCUAUUCCUUCACUGCAGACUUUCGACCGCCAACGAGUAGUCAAAGUACGAAUUCGAUAUCAGAACCAACGAAAAUUCCGUCACCAUCAUCACAACGAAAUUAUUAUUCCACAAAUAUUUCUGCUUAUUCUCCAUCAAAAAGUCCUUCGUUCAGUCAAAUUAAAGAUGCGAAAUCGUUCGGGAUUGGAUUCGACGAGGAGGACAGCGGUGACGGUCUGAGCUCGGAUUCGAAGCCUAACCUCUGUAGAUUGUGUGGGAAGACCUAUGCAAGGCCAAGUACUCUAAAAACGCACCUAAGAACGCAUUCAGGGGAGAGACCUUACAGGUGUCCAGAUUGCAAUAAAAGCUUCUCGCAAGCAGCCAAUUUAACCGCUCACGUACGCACACAUACAGGUCAAAAACCAUUUCGAUGUCCUAUCUGCGAUCGACGUUUCUCACAAAGUUCAAGCGUAACGACCCAUAUGCGAACGCAUUCAGGCGAACGUCCUUAUCGAUGUCGAGCCUGCAAGAAAGCAUUUUCCGAUAGUUCCACACUAACGAAACAUCUACGAAUUCAUAGCGGUGAGAAGCCAUACCAAUGUAAAUUAUGUCUCCUCAGAUUCUCACAGUCCGGCAACCUCAAUAGGCAUAUGCGCGUGCAUGGUUCCAAUGGCAAUUUGAUAACGUGACAACGACAAUUUCAACGAAUCUCCGAAAAUCCCUACAACAUAAAGCGGCCAACUCAAAAUUACAAUGGCUCCACCACCGAUUUUUUCCUCAGCACAGAACAAAGUCAACGACGUAAAUUCGAUGAAAUGUACAAAAACAAUCUUUUUGGGUUAUACUAAGGACUGGGAGGAGUUGAGUCUAUAUUAGAAACAGGAAGGGCAAAUGGAAGGAAAGAUUACUAAAGUUUUGGAUUUAAAGGAAGCAGGAACCCCACUAUCUGUCACCGUAGAUAAUGGUAUGAACAGCGCUGGAAAGUACCAAAAAUCUUCAAAACCACUUCAGAUUGAACGGUGACAAUAUCGACAGACUUUUAUCCAAACCUUGAAAAAGAUAAAUGUCGAAUUUUAGUUACAACAACCUCGACUUCAUGCUAUUGACUGCGUACAGAAAUGCAGGUAUUAAAGGCUACGGUAAUGCAGUUUAGUUCGCCCAAUACUCACGUAACCAUCUUAAAUUUAAGCAGUUCCUAGCAAAUCCGAAAUGGUCACAAAUUUCGAAAGACGUUUUUGAAUACUAGAUAACAUAGGUAGACCCUUAAAAUGUCUACUUUAUCCUAACAUUUUCACAAGGACUUUCUGUGCAAAAGAUGAUUUCAAUAGGGAUAGGUCUUGCAAUGUAGUCUUAAGAUGGAGUAUUUCCCAAUAUCUCAAAAAAAGGCCCUUGCAAGCAAUCUGAAUAGAGCAGGAUCAAGGAUCAGAUGAACACUUUUAAGUGGCAACCCCAUUGGGCUAAUAAAAAACUUAUAUUUGCAUGGGGAACUAAUGACUGCUGGAAGAUGCGAUUUAAUUUUGGAAUAGUAUCCAGGCCAGCCAGCCCAAGAAGAGCUGACGGGUUCGGGGCUUUAUUUUUUUCCUAUUAGCGUUCCUUUCAUGAUGAUUCCAAUAAGAUAAUCAACAAUAAAUUUGAUUAACAAAAUUUUCUUCCCGUAUAUGGCGUUUGAUAGAGGAGGCUAGGACCAAUUUUCGUGGAACAG